UAUCCCCUCAACCUGUACCACCUCAACCUGUACCUGUGGCCGCAGACAAUCAACCACUCUGCCCCCAAGAAGCAUUAGCCCCAAGUAACGUGAGGAAGAUAAGGAGUAGGAUGUGAAAGAAGCAGACAAGAGAGAGUCUGGAAAUGACAUGGGAAUGGUGAAGAAGACAAUUCAUAAAGCUGAGAAAGUUUGUGAGGACACAAGAAUCCCGAGAACACCUGAGAAUGUUUUCCUUGCCACGCUAGCAGUCGUCAGUUGUGCGGCCUUCUCAGGAACUGGCGACCAAGCGUCGGGAGGGCAAUAUGGCAGCGGGGUUCCCCCUGGUGGCGGUUAUGGAGGAGGUCCAGCCCCUGGAGCACCUUACGGAUACCCUAACCCUGGGGCCUUCCCCUCUGGAGCUCCAGGAGGACCCUAUGGUGGUGCAGCCCCAGGGGGUCCCUAUGGUCAGCCACCUCCAAAUUCCUACGGUGGCCCACCCCCUGGGCCUUAUGGACAGGGACCUCCUCCGGGCGGCGCCCCUCCCAAUGUGGAUCCUGAGGCGUACUCCUGGUUCCAGUCAGUGGACUCCGAUCACAGUGGCUACAUCUCCGUCAAGGAGCUGAAGCAGGCGCUGGUCAACUCCAACUGGUCCACGUUCAAUGACGAGACAUGCCUCAUGAUGAUAAACAUGUUCGAUAAGACCAAGGCAGGCCGCAUCGACGUCCACGGCUUCUCAGCGCUGUGGAAGUUCAUCCAGCAGUGGAAGAACCUCUUCCAGCAGUUCGACCGAGACCACUCGGGCUCCAUCAGCUACACAGAGCUGCAGCAAGCUCUGUCCCAGAUGGGCUACAACCUGAGCCCCCAGUUCAGCCAGCUCCUGGUCUCCCGCUACUGCCCGCGCUCCGCCAGCCCCGCCAUGCAGCUGGACCGCUUCAUCCAGGUGUGCACGCAGCUGCAGGUGCUCACCGAGGCCUUCCGGGAGAAGGACACCGCCAUGCAGGGCAACGUCCGGCUCAGCUUCGAGGACUUCGUCACCAUGACAGCUUCUCGGAUGCUCUGACCCAGCCUGUCCGUAGAGAGUGGUGGCGCUGGGGUGCCUCUCCUGGCUCUGGAGUGGGAGAAGCGUGUGGGCCGCUCUCCUUUACUGCUCCUCCUCCUCCAGUGAUUUCGCCAAGAGGCCUGGGACCCCUGUGUCAUAGCCACGAAAUAGUGGGCCCUGGGCUUGAUGUGGGAGAGGACUGGAAGGUACGUGUCCUUUCAGCCCUGAGCAUAGCCGUGCAGCAGGAGCAGAGAUGCCAGUCAUUAUGAUCGGCUGGACUCCAGCCUCUCUUUCCCUUCUGUGCCCCGACGUAAGUGUUCAUCGGUGUUUUACUGUGAGCACCUGUCUCCCCGCGCCCAUUCUGUCCUUUCAAAUGAAGCCAGUUUCUCCAAAGUGGAGCUGGCCAAGCAUGGAAGAGAGGGACCAGGGCUUGCAUUCCACCACCCCCAUGCCCACCUCCGUGUGUGUCAACUCCUAGCCACCCGGGCUGUCCGUGCUCGGGGAGUUUGGGCAGUCUGCUCUCUGAGCAUAUUGGGCAAGGCUGCUGCACUCCUCAGCUCGGACCCCUCACUUGCCCACCACUUGUCCCCAGGGGACAGUUGCCACCUCCCUCUGCCAAUGCCCUUUUCAUUCGGAGCCAAAAGUUCAGUGAAACUGUAAGCUUCAAUAAAAGGAUGAACUCUG